AUGAAUGAAACGAUCAAGCGGGAAUUCAAAAAAUUGGUUUUCGGAAUCAAGAGCAAGAAAAUCAGCAACACCUCAUCUAUCAAUACAGCAUCAAUGUCGAGAAUUUGA